AAUGUUUGUGAACAGGACGGCAUAGUUGUUGUGCAGCAUAUUAACAGUUUUAAGUGAAUAUUUUAGGAAAAAUGCUGACUCUUGGCCCAAAAAAAGACGGAGGACCCAAUCCCAAGUUCUUUGAAUCUGUUGAGGUGCUCACUCAACUCGAUGGAGUUAAACAAUGGCUUCUGAAGAACUAUAAAAAAUAUGUUACAACGGAUCCGCCCACUAGCAAAAGUUUAGCAACUUUGGUGACUCAACUUAUACAGUUUCAAGAGGAUAAUCUUGGAAAGAAUGUAUCAAAGCCACCAAUGACCAGAUUACCGAUGAAAUGCUUCCUAGAUUUUAAACCAAAUGGAGGUUUAUGUCACAUUUUAGCAACAGCAUUCAAAUUCAAACAAGAACAAGGAUGGAGAAGAUUCGAUUUUCCGGUAGGAAAAUCAAGUUCACGAAUGGAUCGAGCUGUUGAAAUGUUGAUGGCUGCAGAGCGUGCUCUCAUUCAAAAUAGAUGUAUGAUAACGCCAUGCGUUUAUGUCAAACCUGAAGUUGACAAAGCAACUGCUGCAAAAAUUAAAGACAUAGUUAGACGCCAUCAAGGAACUAUAGCUGAAACAGAAACUGAUGCGACCCAUGUUAUUUAUCCACCUGUCGAUCCAAUGGAAGAAGAAUAUGCUCGACCAUGUAUGCGUCGAGAACGAAAUGUUUUACUUCAUUGGUAUUACUUUCCCGACAGCUAUGAUUCUUGGGUAUCUUUAGAUUUACCCAUUGAAUUUCCUGAAAGUGGAUACGGACUUUCACCUAGAUCAACUUAUAAAGUAUCAGCCACUUGGGCUUUAGAUCUUGAUCAGUAUAAUGAAUGGAUGAAUGAAGAAGAUUAUGAAGUAGACGAUAGUGGACAAAAACGGAUUCACAAGUAUCGAUUGUCAGUUGAAGAUCUUAUGACUCCUCCAUCUCAUCCACCGACUUCUGCCAAAAAACCAAAAAGAAAAAGAUCACCAAGUCCACCACCAAAAAUGGGGAAACGUAAAAGUGGUCGUGGUCCGGCAGGAAUUGCAAGUGGUUCAGCAGUUGCAACACCAAAAAAAACACGAGGUGGAAUCGAUGAAGAAGAAGAUUUAACUCAAGGAAUGGAGGAUCCUCCAGCGGAGCCCAGAAUUGUUGAAGUUGUUACUAAUCCAACUAAUGUACCAAUAUCAGGACCAGGUAGUGGUAAUACUGGAAUGACUCCUGGUAGUAAAAAACAAGAUAAUGAGCUUCAACCACUCAAAUCAGGUAAUAUGGCAGAUUUAGAUGAACCAACUGAAUCAGAAAAAGGUUCUCAGGGAGCCCAAGAUAGAGAAGAACGUGAUGUUAGUAAAGAACGAGGUGAUAAUGGUAAAGAUGAACCUGAAGAUAACGUUACUGAACAAACUCAUCAUAUUGUUGUUCCAAGUUAUUCAGCUUGGUUUGAUUAUAAUUCAAUUCACACUAUCGAAAAACGUGCACUCUCAGAAUUCUUUAAUGGAAAAAACAAAUCCAAAACACCAGAAAUUUAUCUUGCAUACAGAAAUUUUAUGAUUGAUACUUAUCGACUAAAUCCAACUGAAUACAUCACUUCAACAGCAUGCCGACGUAAUUUAGCUGGUGAUGUAUGUGCAAUAAUGCGAGUACAUGCAUUUUUAGAACAAUGGGGUCUUAUUAAUUAUCAAGUUGACGCAGAGUCUCGUCCAACACCUAUGGGUCCACCUCCUACAUCACAUUUCCACGUUCUUUCUGACACACCUUCAGGUUUAGCUCCUGUCAAUCCAAAUCCACCGAAAACUCCUCAACCAUCUGCUGCAAAACAACUUUUAGAUCUUGAAAAGAAACCUCUUUCUGGUGUACCGGAAGAAAAGGGUGUGAUUGGAGCAAUGGCUAAUUUCGGUUUAAAACUUGAUCAAUAUGCUAGGAAACCUGCAGUUUUAAAAAAUAAACAAGCGGCUGGAGCAACUCGAGAUUGGACUGAACAAGAAACGCUACUUUUAUUAGAGGGAUUAGAGCUUCAUAAAGAUGAUUGGAAUAAAGUUUGUGAGCAUGUCGGAUCAAGAACGCAAGAUGAAUGUAUUCUUCAUUUCUUACGUCUUCCUAUUGAAGAUCCUUAUUUAGAAGAAGGUGGACCUGAAGGUCUAGGACCACUUGCUUAUCAGCCAAUACCUUUUUCAAAAGCUGGAAAUCCAGUAAUGAGUACUGUAGCCUUUCUAGCUUCUGUUGUUGAUCCGAGAGUUGCUGCGAGUGCUGCUAAAGCAGCUAUGGAAGAAUUUGCUGCUAUUAAAGAUCAAGUUCCUGCCGCUCUUUUAGAUCAGCAUUUACGAAAUGUUCAAGCGAGCGCUAAUGCAGAUGGAAAAUUUGAUCCUGCAGCAGGGUUAGCACAAUCUGGAAUUGCUGGAACUGGACCACCAGAACCACCAGAAGAUGGAUCAGUGAGUUCAACUCCUGGUGGAACUGCUACUUCACCAUCAGCUUCAAACAUUGAAGGCAAAAAAGAUGAAAGUGAAAAGAAAGAUGUUGAAGGAACAUCUCCACCAAGUGGAAUUGUGUCCAAAAAGGAAGAUGUUUCUGAAAGUGAUAGGACUGAUCAACCAGAUAAAAUAGAUGUUGAAAUGAAAGAUGCUGAUGUAGACUCCAAAGCUAAAAUUACUGAUAAUUCUGAAGAUCCUGAAACUAAAGAGAAAAAUGAUAAAGUGGUUAGAGAUGCACAACUACAGUCAGCAGCAGCAGCUGCUUUGGCUGCAGCCGCUGUUAAAGCAAAACAUUUAGCAGCUGUUGAAGAGCGCAAAAUUAAGUCUUUAGUUGCUCUUUUAGUAGAAACACAAAUGAAAAAACUUGAAAUCAAAUUACGUCAUUUUGAAGAACUUGAAACGACUAUGGAACGAGAACGUGAAGGCCUUGAAUAUCAGAGGCAACAACUUAUUACAGAAAGACAACAAUUUCAUUUAGAACAGUUAAAAGCUGCAGAAUUUCGAGCACGACAACAAGCACAUCAAAGAUUAGCACAAGAGCAACAGCAACUUCAGCAACAACAGCAAAGUCAGCAACAUCCUAAUUGGCAACCAUCUGCUCAACAACAACAGCAGCCACCUAGUCCUCAACCACAACCGCAACCACAACCACAACCACCCCCACAUACACCUCCUCAACAAUCGUAAAAUUAACAUCAAUUUAUAAUGAUAUAAGUAAAAUUUUUUAGUAGUUUUAUCUUUUUUUUUUUAUUUAAUAAAAGUGCUGCCAGCAUUUUAUAAAUCUUACAAUAAUUAUUUCAUAAAACAAUGCAUUGCUGUAAAUCGAAAUAGUGUGAAAAAUAUCUGCUUAUCAUAAACAAUAAGUUUUUUUUUCUAAUUUUACAUACAUCUAGAGUAAUUAAUCUAAUAAAACAACGGUGACUUUAAUA